UUGCAGGGAGGGAGGCGCCACAGGAAGCCAUGCGUCGAGCUCAAACCCGACCAAGCAUUCCAGGGUUUCUCCGGGGCUCGCAGCCGUGGGUGCUGGUGACAUUAUGACAAGCUUGUCAGCUAUAGCCGCAGGCAUAUGAGUCCCUCACAGUCCCUCACCCGAGCUUCACCAGGCGGGAGAAGUGGGGUCGCGCCCGCGAUAAGGGGGCUCCGUACCGCAGCGACAGAACCUCAGACACUCAGGAGGCAGGAGGCCCUUGGAUUCAACCAGCCGCCCUGCCGCCUUGCCAGCUUGCCAGCUUGCCAGCUUGCACGGCCCUCGCCCUCCUCACGCCCUCUCUCUGGCAGUCUGGUCCUGCUCCACCCAUGACAGCAGAGGUCAUGCUCGAAACAAACAGAUUGGCCAGUCCCGCCAGGGGCCUGUUUCCUGGUCCCGUCGUGAUCGCUGCCCUGCUCCCUCCUCCCUCUGCCCUGGUUGCCUGGGCCCUGUCUUCGUCUCGUCUUCCCUGAUGGCGAACUGGGAUCGCAUUCGAUUGACUCGCCUCGGCGCUGAUCCCCCGAUCCAGAGGACUUGGCUUUGAUAUGAGCUCACCAAGGCAUACAUAUGGGCUCACUCCCUCCUCCCCUCUCAUGAUGGGAAGCCUUGGGUGCCGCAUCGAGUGCCUGUUUUUGACAAGCGCUACCGAGUAUCAUUGCACAAAUCCGCACCAUGGCCAGACGACACGACAACAUGGCUUCAUUGGGACCUCUGCCUGGCGCUGAGGUGGUGCGUCUGCUGGUCGGCCCGACCCAAAGGGAAUUUACAGUUCACAAGAAGCUCCUCUGUGCUUCCAGUUCCUUCUUCCGGUAUAGCCUCGAGACUGUAGACUCGGUCCCAGGCUCACCCGACAGCGACCUGUCGGUGUCUUCCGGAGAUCAGCCUGACCGCGUUCUCUGGCUUUCCGAGGAGUCCCCAGAAAUGAUGGACCUCUUCAUCCUCUGGCUGUACCGCCGCAACUCGUUCCGAUCUAUAAUGGACCAGAUGAUCUCCACCGUGGCCGUCCAGCUCACACCAGCCAACAAGGCCAAGAUCCAGGCCAGCAGACGAGCAGUUCACUGGAACAUUGUGAAGCUGCACCUGUUCGCUGCCGUCAUAAAGCUAUCCGCCCUCCAGGACAUCACCAUGGACGCCGUGCAGGACAUGUACCUUAGGUGUGACUGGGAUGUCUCUUAUUCUUUUGUCCGCCACCUCUACGAGGAGUGCUCGCGCGAGCAGUCUUUCCGCCUCCGGAAGUGGUCCGUCGCAAUGCUGGCCUGGACGCUGAGCAACGGCGGCGGCGACCCCCUGGCAUUCAACGAGCUGUUCGACGAGUUUCCAGAGCUGGGCGUCGACUACACCAAGCACGUGGAGAAGAUGGCCGACAGCAGAGCCAACGUCUGCAUCAAGAACCCACAGCUGAGAUUGCCCCGCAACAAACUCAAGAACGACGAGCGCAACUUUGGCUUCCGGCAAUGCUCUUUCCACAGCCACCGGUCCUCCGUCGGAGAGGGAAGGUGCCCCUACGCUGUGGAACAGCAUUCAGUGCUCAGCCCCAGGACGGGCGAGGGAUUCGAGGGCCCGUCGCCGCAAUCAUCUCCUGUCGAAUUGACAACCCCAUCACCGUCCAGGACUCGCCCCUCACAUCACCGGCUCAAGAGCAGCGUGUCCGCCAUCUGGACUGUACCCGAAAGUGCCGACGAGACUUGAAGUGCUCCAAGAGCCCUGGCACACUUUCAAUCCGUCUUGUUCCACCGCCACGCGGAGCCGGAAUACUUCCACUACAUCACUGCAAACGAUCUGCCCAGUAAACCACACUACGGAUCGCCUUGAAAAAGAAUCCUAGGUUCACUAUCGUCGCUGUGUUGCCAACGACACUUCGUCCUAUCCAUCUCAUCAUGCCCCACAUGCAUGUUCCUUAAUCACAGAACAAUACGUGGUGGCCAACUGCUGAGCCUGACAUGGCCAACCCGAGGCCUUCACCCUUCCAAAGGAAGUUGCACAUUCUAUCCCGCCCAUUAGGCGGUGAUCCACCAGGGCACAUGCGCAUGGUUCUCCACACCACCGCUGCUGUCUUUGCCCCCCUGUAUGCUUUGAGCAUUCUAAGCGAGCCUGACGGUUGGCCACCGGCCACCAAAGGCACUGCCAGACGGCAUCGCUAUGACGGAAUAGCUCUUGCGACAACUAUUACAUGUAUAUUCAAGUCCUCUUGUGGCUUCUUCUUCUUCUCCCCCCCCCCCUUUAGGCUAGUGCUCUGAGAGUUGCCUCUUUUAGCAAAUUUAACUACGGCGCUUUGAACAGCGUAUUCUUAA